AUGACCGCUGCUUUUCUGCGAAGACGACGUUUGUCUUCUUUAUUCGCUUCUUCUUCUUCUUCUUCGUCUUCUUCCGCGAGACGAUUUUCUCGCCUGGCGGCGAUUUCCGAUAACCCAAAGAAGAAGAAGAAGAAUUCUUCUUUCCCUGUAGAAGAAGACGACGGUUCUCCUCCUCCUCCUCCGUAUGUAUUCGACGACGAAGACGAAGACGCAGAGGAACGCGACGACGACGAGUACGACGAAAAGGACGACGACGUGAUGGAGAAACUGAUGAUGAAAAGACGAACGUACAGCAGACGGAGAAAAGAGACCAACAUCGUACGCGGGAACAAGAAGACGAUUCAAUCGCCUCUUACACCUACCACUACUCCGAAUAAAGUGGUACAAAAGUACAAGAAGAAAGACGUGCUUUUCCAACAGGCGGUGGAGAAGGACAUCGAGGAGGCGAUUUUUGUGCACGACGAAGAACAGAAGGAGGAAGAAGAGAAGGAGAGAUGGAGCGCGAAAUCAGAGAACGAAUUGGUGGAGGAGUUUUCGAGGUUGUUGCGGGUAUCGGAAGGGACCAUGAACGCGCCUUUGCAAGCGUUUCGGUUCGCGCGGCGGUACUUUCUCGAACGAGAGGAUGAUGAUAGUGAGUUUAGCAGGGGGGAGUCGUACUCGCAGUCUCGGUUUUUUAAGAAGAUGAACGUGGCGCAACACCACGGGCCGUUUUUUGACCAGUGCGCGAAAGCGAACGCGUUUGAGUUGAUGAUGGAGUAUUACGGUUUGUUUGAUCCGAGGGACGAUAAGAUGGACGGCGGACGGUUGGCGAAUGCGUUUAUAUCGAGAAUGUCGAGGGAGAUGAGAGACGGGGAGAAUAACGACGAAGGAUUCGAUUUGAACGCGUCGACGACAAAAAGCGCGAAAAAGAACCGCAACCAAAGCAACAACAUUAAAAACAACAACGCGUUUUACUUUGAAUUCGUGAGACAAGCGUUUGAAAUGUCGCUGACGAAGAAUGAAUACACGGUUUCGGCGUUUUUAAAAGCGUGCGGGAAAGCGAAUCGACUGAACGAUGCGAAGAAAGCUUUCGAGAAUAUGAAGAAAAAUGGUACGCCCAAAGCGAUCGUGUAUCGUUCCUACAUCGAUUGUUGCGCGAGCUGCGCGGAUUGCGAGGAGGCUUUAGAGACGUUUCGUCAGUUCAAAGUGGACGUACUAGGUAAAGAUAAACGAAUUCGAGACGAUACGGACGCGGUGCGAGCGUUCAAUGGCGUCAUCGCGGCGGCAAAGAAUGCGAGGAACGUCAACGUUGCGAAAAGUAUUUUCCAAGAACUCACCGAGGACUUUGCGUACUUAGCGCCGACGGAGAUUACGUACGGUGCGGCUAUCACGGCGGCGGCAAACGCGUCUCCGAUACCGGAUUUAGAAUUUGCUUUGGAAUUAUUCAAUCGAUCGAGAGAGGAUCCGAGCGUUCAAGGCGACAUGAACAAAUACAUCGUUUCCGCAACCUUGUCGUGUUUACAAAGAUCGUUGGCGGUCGGGGCUUUUACCGAAUCGAACGCUAAAGCUGUCGCGUUGGCGAAGAACAUCACUAGACCGCUUUUGCAAAGGUACGAGGAAGAAUCGAAGAGACUUCGCGAAACGAACAAACUCAACAACGGUAAAGAUGAUUAUUUUAACGUCUCGUCGCAAGUCUUUAGCGCUUUAGUGUCUGUGUAUGCGCGCGCAAACGACGUCGAAUCCGCGAUGGAUAUCAUCGAACAAAUGCAAAAACUCGGGUUUGCCGUGAAUCGACACAUCCUGACGUCUGCGUUGACGGCGUGUCGACCGAGGGCAGACGAUGCGAACGGCCAAGCGAUGGCUACGAAAGGCGUGGAAUUAUUCGAGCAAUCGAACAAAUCUGUGUGCGAAACGUCCUCCGUCGCGAGUGCGGCUAUGUUUCUGUACUUUCAUCUCGGCGAUGCAAAGAAAGCGACGGAUUUAUACGACACGGUGAAGCUCAGAACGAAUGAAAACAGCACGCUGGAUAACCAAAUUCUUUUCAACACGAUGUUGUUACACUGCGCAAAGAAGACGAAAUCGCACACGUCGAGUAACAACGCCGAAAAUGCGAUUUCAAUCUUUCGCGAUAUGCGACGAGCAAACGUGCCCGCAACGGAACGCACGUAUUCUCUAAUGCUUACUGCUUUAGGAACGCACGGGAAUCGGUUUACAGACGUCGAGAAAGUGUACAAGUUAGCCAAUCGCGAUCCGAACGUUCUCGUGAACGAUUUCAUGCGCACGGCGUGGAUGGAUGCAAACGUGAAAGCACACCGAGUCGAAGAAGCUUUAGAUGUGUACGAUUCUAUUAUCGAGUCGUACUCUAACAUCGAAGAGAUUGGGGAAGAUACAAGCAGCAACGCGUCGCCGUCUAUUGUUACGUUCGGAAGUGCCUUGUUCGGGUGCUUGACCAUGAGCGUCGAGCGCGAAAACGUUGACGUUGCGGCGGAGAAGGCGUAUAAAAUUUUCGCGGAUAUGGCCAAAUUCAACGUCGUACCGAACGAUUGGUGUAGCAAUCUCUUCGUGAAAGUCAUCUCUCGAGCCGGACGCGUCGAAGAUACCAUAUCGGAACUUAAAUCUAUAAUCAAGUGCGGUGGUUCCAUUCAAGACGACACGCUCGAAGGCGUCGUGCGCGCUUUGUGCCGAGCCGGAUACCCCGAACGAGCUUUACGCGUAUACAAAUGGCUUCGCUCGAGACAAUCGGACAACGAGAACAAAAGCAUGAAAGCGACGAUAAAAACAAGUACUUCCGUUGCACCGAAACAAGUCGCGUACUAUCACUUAACCCGCGGAACAUUUCAAGAUUUGGUACAAUCGUGCGCCGACAACGGCUUUCUCGCUGACGCUUGGAAUCUCGUCGAGAGACGCAAGAAGUACCAUUCUGGCGGAAAGAUGACGGUUGCUGAAGAACUCGGUCCGUUAGCCAUGGGGUCUCUCUUCAAAGCCGUCGCACGAAACGCGGAAGUUGUCGAACAAGAGGUUGACUUCAUGAGCAAGACGAAGACCAUGGCGAAACUUGCGAUUGAAUCCGAAACCUCUCUGUUUGGCGCGGACGUUUUGUGCGCGCUCGUGGAAGCAUUCGCGCGAUCCGGCGAUCUCGCGUCCGCCAUGGAGUUUUGGGAAUACUACGAGAAACAAAACAGCGAAGCAGAUGACUUACCGAGAAAGAUGAAAAAAAUCAACCCGUAUCAAAAAGAUACCCCACGAUCGAAAAUGUACGGCGCGCUCAUCGACGAAUGUUGUCGACUCAACGAAGUCUCCUCCGCCUUGAGCGUAUUCGAUAAAGCGAAAGAUGCCGAGGUCGGUUUGAACACCGUCACCUUGGCGUUCUUGGAAUCGUGCUGUCGACGAUCGAGAGUGGACGAAUGGCGCGUGUUUGACGUGUGCGCGCAGAUGCGCAUACAGUCGGAGCAGAGAAAGUCCAUGAAGAAUCCGCAAGCGCAGCGUCCUUUGUUCUCGCACCACGUCACCGGAGAUUUGGAAUACGAAACCUCGAACGGCAAAGAAUCUACAGUCGACGCGACGAUAACGGCAGCGAUGACUCCGGCAGUGCCGCCAAAACAAUACUCGGACGCGAUUGAAAGCGCCUUGGAAAACCGGAGCGCUGCGCCGAAAAGCGGGAACAAGAAGAAGAACGGCAGCCGAGAGAGGAACAAAUAUAAAUCAGCCGAAGAAAUGCACUUCUUCGACGACGAAAUGUACUGA